UCCGUUUACUAAUGUUGACAGCUUGGUGAGGAUUUAGAAUUAACAUUUUACAACAUAACUUCAAUAUCUGACGGAGACAACAUGAGUUUAAAGCAAAAUAUAUAUUUAAUGUUAAUUGUUGGUCUUGUUGUACAUGGUUAUACUGUACAAGCGGAUACUUUCAUUAAAGUGGUCGUUAAAAUUAAAGCGGGAUGUGAGGAAAGUGUGCGACAAUUUCUUGAGCUCCACCGUUUUCUAUACCUGAGGAAGGUCACAGAUUCAACAUACACGUUUUUUAAAAGGAAGGAACAUAUUUCAGACUUGAACGCUGAGGUUGCAUCCCUACAAAAAGAACUGUUCGGAAAGAUUGACUAUCUACUUCGCAGUCAGAGAUUAUUUCUACAGAUGUCGCCCACUUUGGAUCAGUUCAAAUUAUAUCCAAAGGCGGGAAUCACUGAAGACGUAGUGCGAAGCAAGAGUGAUUUUCUUAAGCCGUCGCUCAAAUUGGAUUAUGGAAAGUCUACUUCAAAGGCGGAUAUCAAUAUAUCUGUGUGUCGUCCCAUGUUCGAUCCCCUUCUUGGUGUUGACGCCACAUGGGCCCAGGGUAUUACAGGCAGGGACGUGGUUGUUGCCAUCACCGACAUAGGGAUAGAUCCCGAUCAACCAGAUAUCAAGGCACACCUCGAUCCGGCAAUGUCUUACAAUUUUGUAAACAACUCAAGUAUUUACAAACCGGAAUUAUUUCCACAAAUCCAAUCGUCGACAGACUACACAAACCAUGGCCAUGCGUGCGCCGGUUUGGUUGCAGGGCAACUAAAAAAUAGCACGUGCCAAUAUUGUGGUAGUGGGGUUGCACCCAAUGCAACAAUUGCUGCGCUUAAAGUUUGCCGGGUACAACAAAUUUGGAAUGGACAUUUAAAGCUUUUUAUGGAUGACGAGAUACUAAGCAAUGCACUUUCAUAUAAUAACGACAAGAUUGAUCUAUAUUCCUGCUCUCUGAACCACGACAAGCCUUUCAAAAGCAUACACCCAUAUGUGGAGGAUGUUUUACGUAAGGCAUACACUAGCGGUCGUAAAGGGAAAGGCAAUAUUUUCGUAUUUCCGGCCGACCCACCUGGCAACGGAUAUACGAACAACAUUUACACAAUCGGCGUUGGGACCAUAGGAGUCCACGGAGGCCUAUCUGCUAAAUCCGAGCCCAACUCAGCAGUAUUGGUUUCUGCUUUUGGCUUCGGAAGGCGUGUACACGAUACGCACUUAUUAACGCCGACACAUCCGUCGCUUAUGGCCAAAGGUGUGUUGUGUGAUGUCAACUUCGGAGGUUCAUCUGCAGCGACAGCACUUAUCUCUGGAAUGAUUGCCCUUGCCCUGGAAGCUAACUCACAUUUAACGGCAAGAGACAUAAAACAUGUGCUGAUUGAAUCAUGUGACCACAAAGGACUGAAUGAAUCCAGUUUAUUCAAACGAAAUGGGGCAGGCUAUUAUUAUCACAACGUAUUCGGCUUUGGUUACCCAGUGGCGACUAGGAUGAUACAGUUAGCAAAGUCUUGGAAAAUCCUUUCAGAGUUGUUGUAUGACACACAUGUCUCAAACCUGAAUGGACACCAACGAUGUGAAGUCAAACUGUAUGUCACGUGUAACACAACCAACACUUGUAUAGAGAAAACGGAGCAAAUCCUUGUCCAUGUUACGUUUGCACAUCCGGCGAACCAUAAGGCAUCCAUCGUAGCAGCUUCACCUAAAGGCACGCGGUCUGUCCUGUUUGAACGUGCAAUUUCAUCCGGUGAUCUCAUCCAUGGGUCAUUUAAGGCAAUCUUCUUAUCCAACCACUUUUGGGGAGAAAACCCGAAUGGCACGUGGACGAUACAUUUAGGGUCUGCGGCUUGCAAUUACAGCGAAGGUAAGAGUUUCAUACAAAAUGUGAGCAUUUCCGUCUAUGGUACUGGGACUGGUCGGGGUUUUGGAGAGAUACAUUUAUCAGAAAAACUCAACAAUAAAAAAACUAACAGUACUCCGAAAAUUACAUCACGUCGACAAUACAUGUUGCUUUCUGAUUUUAGAACGGAUAUAUCUUAUGAAAGCGUGUUUUAUUUGAGGACUGAUUUUUGUUAUCUGGUUUCGUUAUGCUGUUUGGUUACAUGCUUUAUAAUCUUUUUAUACUGGGCUGCGCCAAAGUAACAUUUUUAUGUAAAUUAUCUAGAUCAACAAUGCGCAAUGUAUAACCCGAUUGAAUUGAUCUAUUCAGUAAUAAUGGCACUCCAGAGCUAUUUUACGGAAAACAAUUUGUGCACAGGUAAAAUUGUUGAUAGUGUGCACAUGUUAUUGGGUAAAUAAUUGUAUUUAUCUGAAUCUACAACUGUUAAAGUAUUGAAUCAAUAGCCAUAAAGAGCAUAUUGUCACCUCGUAUCUGUUUAGCCUUGUCAUUGUUGAUGUCCAAACCAAACUAUAUCUCUUGUAUUCUUUAGAUACGCCUAUGAAAUUCAUGACAUUCAUUCACAUUUCGGUGUACUGAACCUGAUGAAUUGGGUAGAUUUUACUAGCCAUUAUAUUCAACCUUAGAACAUUGCGUAAUUGAAUGAGAUUUGUAAAUAAUAAUAACUAAUUUUUCCAAAUGUUACGGAACAUAUUUAUAUAUUAAGCAAUUUGAUGUGUGCGAACAAGUAUCUACAGUGAAAAUCAAUUUCGGGCAACCGAAGCUUUAGUUAAAGGGUUAAUACAGACUAUACUAUAGGUGCUAUUGUAAACAGUUUAACUCACGACUCGAAGAUCAAUGUGUACCUGAAUGAAAUAAAAUAUAUGCAUCACAUACCAAAACCAGUCCAUUAAACAUUACUUGAUUAAAUUCCAAAUUAUAAGUCUAGUGUCAUUAUGAGCCAAUGUAUGUUAAGUUACAAUAAUACCUUAGCAUCGAAGUCGGCUUAUACAAUAGAAUAAACCACCAAGAACGCUUAUGCAAUCUUGGAUAUCAAAAUAUUGUGAAGCAGGUUAGGGUGACCAAACCUGCUGUUAGGGUGACCAUUAAUAAAGCAAUUAAUUAAACAAUAUAAUAGCAGGUCAACCUGGCGUUACUUACAAAAAUACAUAUCAACGUUGUCUAACACGAAUGUUAUAAAGCUCAAACAAAUGGACACAUUUCAAAGCUUUCAAACCUAGAUGCAAGAAUAGUAAUACUUAAGCUGCUUAUAAUUGCAGGGUUUUCAACAAAACGUACUCUUUGGCACAGUACAUUAUUUGUUUAGUGCAAAUGUUUAUUUAUAUUAUGAAAUAACAUAUUUAUUGAUAUUUGUAUCGUCACUUUGUAUGAUUCCCUGUCUCGGUCAUAUUUUUUGUUUUGUGCAUAUGAACAAAAGCAGUAUGCCGUUUUCAAUAAAUUUUGAAGUUUUAUAAUAUAGAUUGGCUGUUCAUGCAUAUAAUAAUUGUGUUUAAUUAUUUAGUAAAUUGAUCAUCAGUCACGGGACGUCAAUGGAUUUAAUAUUUGUAGCAAUUAAAGACCUAUAUACCAAACAACACAAUUAUAUUGAACGCUAUAAGGAUUGUUUCAUUGACAUAAAUAAUAUGUAACACAUUAAUACGUUAUAUUAUCACUCAAUUCGUUACAUAAAACGAAGUACACAAAGCAAUUAUUCAACAAUAUCGUCAGCAGUAAACUGUUCAAAGCUGACAUCAAAAAGUGUAUUUUAUUUUGACAUGUUUAUGCUUCUACAUUGUUUAAGCAUGUGUGUUUAUUUUAAAAUAGGAAUAACAAGAAUACAUCUGCUACACAGACAACUGUGCAUAGCUUCUAUUAAAUCGGUUUUAACAAUACAUCGAAAUGAUGCCUGUUUGUACGUUCGACAAUUAUGUUCGUAAAACAAAGUCAUGUCUUUAGAAUCAUACUUCAAAUCCCUGUCAAGUAUUUUCUUUUGGUUUUAAACAUUAUGUGUGUGUACUUACUUAAAUAUAAUUGUUACUAGCAAUAUGUUGUUUCAUAAGGUACUACAAAUACAUAUGAAAGCUGAUAUGUUUCUUAUAUAACAUAGUGUUGCACACGUGUAUAUUUUAUAUGUCUCUUCGAUGUGCUCAGUGGUAAACAAUAUGCUUCUAAGAUUGUUUACUGCAUGUCUUUCACUUCAAGUCUAAUCACUGUGAUACUUAUUACAUCAUUUUUAAGCUUGUUAAUUUUUUCUACCGAUACGAUUUCUAAUAAACAAAUUAAAACUGG